AUGGCAUCAAUUCUGAGGUCAGUGGCAACGACUACAGCCGUCGUAGCCGCCGCGUCUGCGAUUCCCAUCGCAAUCGCCUUCUCCUCCUCUUCUUCUUCUUCUUCGUCCUCUGCCAAUCCUAAAUCUCAGUGUCUCAAUUUCUCCUUUCUCAACCGAUCGUCUCCACGUCCCUUGGGGCUUUCCCGAAGCUUCGCUAGCUCUCCCAUGACGACCGUUCCCGCUUCUGAUCGUAAACCCCUUCAGGAGGAUCGAGUCCUGCCUCAGCUCCUUACUGAGUUUAUGGUGGAUAUGAAAUGUGAGGGUUGCGUUAACGCCGUGAAGAACAAGUUAGAAACCAUUGAAGGAAUUGAGAACGUGGAGGUUGAUUUGCCAAACCAAGUUGUGAGGAUACUUGGAUCUUCCCCUGUAAUGGCUAUGACUCAAGCUUUGGAGCAAACCGGACGAAAAGCUCGCUUAAUUGGACAAGGUGUUCCUCAAGAUUUCUUGAUCUCAGCUGCAGUAGCUGAAUUCAAAGGACCUGAAAUCUUUGGAGUGGUACGAUUUGCUCAGGUGAGUAUGGAACUUGCAAGAAUUGAAGCCAAUUUCAACGGUUUGUCUCCCGGAACACACAGCUGGUGUAUCAACGAGUAUGGAGAUCUCACAAACGGAGCAGCCACCACAGGGAACUUGUACAAUCCAUCUCAAGAUCAUACCACCACAGAGCCAUUGGGUGACCUGGGAACACUAGAGGCAGACAAAAACGGAGAGGCGUUUUACUCUGGAAAGAAAGAGAAGCUCAAGGUUGCUGAUCUUAUCGGGAGAGCCGUCGUGGUUUACAAGACUGAGGAUACGAAAUCAGUCCCCGGUUUGACCGCUGCAGUGAUUGCCAGAAGCGCAGGAGUUGGAGAAAAUUACAAGAAGCUUUGUACUUGUGAUGGUACUGUCAUUUGGGAAGCUACAGACAGUGAUUUCUUGACCAGUAAGGCAUAA